AUGGUUGUACAAGUUCCUACAGAAGUGAAAGAGAUUCUUGAAAAGUUUGUUAUCUCUAAGGAACAACUUCACGAAAUUAGUGAAAAAAUAGAGGAACAAAUUAAAAUUGGUUUAGCAAAAAAGGAUGCGUCCAGUAUUGCUAUGCUUCCUUCUUACGUGCCUUCGCUUCCGGAUGGAUCGGAACAGGGAAAAUAUGUCGCAAUAGACUUGUCUGGUAAAAAUCUUCGUAUUAUGCUUCUGACGCUGUACGGGCGUGAAAAAGAGCCAGUUGCGAAUAACAUCAACUACAUUGUUCCAAAUCACGUCAUGAAGGGCACCGGCGAUCAGCUUUUCACUUUCAUUGUCAAUUGUCUUCAAAGAUUUUUGCAAGAAUUUGGACUCGUCGACGCCAAUCUACCAAUAGGCUUCGUUUUUUCUUAUCCAUGUGAGCUUCUUUCGAUUCGAUCUGCUCGCCUUCUUUGGUGGACGAAAGGCUUUGAUAUCAAAGAUUGUCUUCAAAAAGAUGUCGUUGCUCUACUAGAAGAAGCACUUGAAAUGAAUAUGUCAACUAAAGCUCAAAUCAAAGCGGUAAUGAACGACACAGUUGGUCAACUCGCUGCUGCUGCUCAUAAAUACGGUCCCGAAUGCACAGUUGGUGUCGUUAUUGGAUACGGUUGUAACUCGUCGUACCUCGAAAAAACGGCAAAUAUUGCGAAAUUUGACGCGAAAGCGUUAGGAUACAAACACGAGAACAUGGUCGUUGUCACCGAAUGGGAAGAAUUUGGAAACAAUGGGGAACUCGACCAUAUUUUAACACAGUUUGAUAGGGAAAUUGAUUCUGCUAGUGUUCAUAAAGGAAAGCAGAUAAUUGACAAGCUUACUGGCGCGUUGUAUCUCGGCGAACUUGUUCGUCGUGUGCUUUCCCAGCUCGUCCUUGACAGAGUGUUGUUCGAAGGACAGCCUUGCGAGAAACUUGAUGACAUCGACACGUUUCCGACCAAAUACAUCUCGGAAAUACUCGCCGAAGAGGAAGGAACUUUUAAAGCAUCUCGUAGAAUUUGUGACGAACUCGAUGUACCAAUGCAUGGCUCCACUGAUUAUCUCAUUAUUCGGGAAGUUUGCGAUGUGAUCUCGAGAAGAAGCGCAAGCAUCGUCGCUGCUGCAAUCAGCGCUUUGCUUCGUCACUUGGAAUUGUCCAGCGUCAAAAUCGGUGUUGGUGGUGCUUUGAUUCAAUUCCACCCAACUUAUCAUAAAAUGCUUGAGGAGCAGCUUCUCGAACUCACACCGCUAAACAUGAAAUGGCAACUUGUUCCUGCCGAUGAAGGAAGUGCUCGCGGAGCAGCUUUGAUAGCCGCAGUUGCUGAAAAAAUGCGUCUUUAA